CAAACAUGUCUUGACAAAUCUUAAAACUUGUGAAACCACUCAGUUGUUUUGUUUUACUGUGAAGUGAAACUGUGGAAAAGCAGUGGGAGUGGACAAGUGCAGCUGCAGAAUAUAUUCACAUCCUCUCUCUCUUUUGCUGGACUUUGACGUGAGUGAGAUCCGUGUUGCAGACUUUGAAAGGAAGUUCGUUGGAGGCGCCGUACCAGAGAAAAGAAGAUUACAACUUUGACAUUUGGAUAUGAUGAUCUUCUACGGAAACCUAGGCCUACAUACUGGUUGGCUGCUUCUCCUGUAUGUUUCAGGAACAGCAAACAGUCUUGAUCUUUUCAGACGUAAUACCGUAUUGCAAGAAGGUGAUGUGAGGCUGUUUGGUACCGAGAGCCUUUCAGAGGGUCGUGUCGAGGUCUACCACGAUGGGAAAUGGGGAACUGUGUGUGAUGACAAUUGGGGCAUGAAUGAGGCUCAGGUGGUGUGUCACCAGCUCAAAUUCCCUGGAGCCAAAUCUGUUGUUGUUGGCAAAGACUAUGGACAAGCACCUAACCCAAUUUGGCUGGAUGAAAUCAGCUGCAAAGGAACAGAGAAACAGCUUGUGUCUUGUACAUUUGGUGGCUGGGGAGUUACCGACUGCUCCCAUAAGGAGGAUGUUGGAGUUAUCUGUGAAACAGGAAGCAAUAAUAUGACCAUUAGCAUCUCUCCACGCUCCCUGGACCACAGCAUUCUSCUCUCAGAUGAGCUUGGUGAAAUAUUUGACAGUGGGAUAGGCUGCGAUUGCCUUAUCACAUUCCAGAGUCCGACUGGGAACAUGCAGGAUGACGGCACUCCAGAGAUGACUGAGACGACAAUCUGCGCUCACAAAGUUAUCCUUAUGCAACACCCAUUCUUCAAAAUCUCAGUAGAGAUGAAUAAUUUCACAGUUAGGGUCAGCAAGCCCUGCAAAUCACACUUGAGACCUCUAAUCAGGUACUUGUACACCCAUAAGAUCGAUGUGACCUCCUCAUCUGCACUGUGCAUCCAUCAGCUGGCUUCAGAUUUUGGCGCAAAGCGUCUGAUGGAGGACGUAGGCCGGCUGUUCUCAAAAUUWAUCCCCGAUGCUUCCUUUAACACCCCGCUUUCACUUUACCAAUACGCAGUAGAAACUGAGGACUUAAUCCUUCAGGAAAACUGCAUCCAGUACCUGGCCUGGAACUAUCAAAACCUGACCAGUUCCUCAACUUGGUUUGACCUUCCAGUGGAGCUCCUUCAAGCCCUCCUUACCCGCUCAGAUUUGGUAGCUCCUGAUGAGUAUUUUGUGCUUCAGACGGUGGAAAGAUGGAUCACAGACAAGUCCAACUCCCUAAGUUUGGAAACCCAAGUUGGCCUGCUACGUCUCGUUCGUUUCCCCAUGAUUUCUGCUGAGAAGCUGUACAACCUGGAGUCCAGCUCUCUCCUCUACGAGAAUCAUAAAAGCACCUAUCUCGACUGUGUCCUGAAAGCAUUUCAGUUUAAUGUUUUACUCUUCAGUAAUCUUACAACUAAUCCAAAUUUCAACGAAAACAGUGAUGAUUACAAACCCAGGAUCUAUACCUCUGAGACCUGGAGCAUUGUCCUUAAACCUUUGAAAAGAAGCUCAUCAUAUAACUCCAUGCACAGAUCAAAUUAUUAUAAUCAUCAUCAGUAUUACCUUGUCCCCACUCCUAAUCCAUCUUAUUACUUUGACAACGCAUGGUUCAAAACACCUGUCCACAACAGCCUUUUAUUCAAGAAGGACAUGGUUGCCUGGACUGCAAGAGUUUUCACAAGCCAAAAUGAAUGUUCAGGGAAUGGUUUGACGUGCACGUCAGUUCCUGCAGCAAACCUGUAUCCCCAAAACCGACAUACUUCUGAGCGCAAUAUCCUGUUCCGUAACCGCCUUCUGUUGUUGUGCCAGAACAAGUACAUCUCUCAGAUCCAGGGCUUCAAAGGAAACCUGGCUUACGUUGCUACAAAUGACACCCAGGUCCCGGCCUAUCCCUGUCCCGAUGACAAGUACACCUACAUAUUUGUAGUGAGACCUGAGUAUGCCUGACCCAACAUCAGGGCCAGCUGUAGAAAUUCAAUCACAAAGAGCAUGAUCAUUAAGUUUUUCAUCCCAAACAAAUCACCUCUUCAAUUUAACUGAUGGAUUGUUUUCCCCCAAAUUCUGUUACUGUAUCAAAUGUUUUAUUUGUGUCCUUGUCAUUUGUUAAAUAAAGUGAUUUCUUCAUUCUCA